GUGUUGAAAAGGGGUGUGGCUUGAAGCGAGUAACAUCUGUGCUGGUCCCCUUUGCCCUCACAGCAUUCUGCAGAGAAAGGGAGAUGUAGAAGGUCUUCCUGAGAAGUUCUUGGCGAGAAGCUGGCCGAUUAGUAAGAUCCCAAACAGCUGUUGUCUGUAUGAUGGUUUAUCUCUCAUUCGCCCCUGCAGCCAUCAAAGAGCAGCCUCCAUGUAGCUGGGAUUUUCCUCUCGGAUGAUUUUGACAGCCUCUGGAACGGUGCUUAUUAGCUACUUCGACCCCAAACAGCGUGGCUUUCAUACCUUGUGCUGGAAAUGCUCUGCUGCGUGGUGUGUAAAAGUUUUUUUUUUCUGUCAGGCGUGCAGAAAGCUGAGUUCUGCAGCGAGCUGAUGAUAUAAAGGGAAUGCCCAGAGCCCAACGGAGACGCGCUCUCUCCAGGACAGGUGCUCUCUGACGGAGGCCAAACUCUGAGGUGGAGGGAGGCCUAAAGAGGCCCAGAGGGAGCCUCCCAUCCUCCCUACCUGACCAGUGAUACUCGUCCUGCAGCCAUGGCUCCUCGGAAACGUGGGGGAGGUGGCGGCAGUCGUGGAGGGCUCUCCUUCAUGUUCUGCUGUUUUAACAGCAGCGAUCACCCUGAGAUCACCUACAAGCUACGGGAGGACUUUGCUCUUCAGAGCAUGGAGCCCACCCUGCCGAUGCCCGGACCUGAUGAGCUGGAUAACAUGUUCUCUGAGCUCGUGGAUGAGCUUGAUCUCACUGAGAAGCACAGGGAAGCCAUGUUUGCUCUAACCGCAGAGAAGAAAUGGCAAAUCUACUGCAGCAAGAAGAAGGAACAGGAAGAGAACAAAAGUGCAACUAGCUGGCCAGAAUAUUAUAUCGAUCAGCUCAAUUCAAUGGCGGCUAGAAAGACCCUUCUAGCUUUGGAAAAGGAAGAUGAGGAAGAAAGAAACAAAACUAUAGAGAGCUUGAAAACUGCUUUAAGGACUCAACCGAUGAGGUUUGUCACUCGCUUCAUAGAUCUGGAUGGCCUGACGUGCGUCCUGAACUUCCUAAAGAGCAUGGACUACGACACCACAGAAUCUCAGAUCCACACAUCUCUGAUUGGCUGCAUUAAAGCUCUGAUGAACAACUCGCAAGGCCGCGCCCACGUCCUGGCCCACUCUGAGAGCAUAAACAUCAUCGCUCAGAGCCUGGCCACAGAAAACAUUAAGACGAAGGUGGCAGUGUUAGAAAUAAUGGGUGCUGUUUGCUUGGUGCCUGGAGGGCACAGAAAGAUCCUGCAGGCCAUGCUGCAUUAUCAGCGUUACGCCUGUGAGCGAACGCGCUUCCAGACACUUAUAAAUGAUCUGGACCGGAGUACGGGGCGCUACAGAGACGAGGUCAGCCUGAAAACAGCCAUCAUGUCCUUUAUUAAUGCUGUGCUGAGUCAAGGAGCUGGAGAGACCAGCCUGGAAUUCCGUAUCCACCUCCGAUAUGAGUUUCUUAUGCUGGGGAUCCAACCUGUGAUCGAUAAGCUGCGUUCACAUGAAAACGCAACUUUAGACAGACAUCUAGACUACUUUGAGAUGCUGCGGAACGAGGAUGAGCUGGCUUUGUCCAAACGAUUCGAGUCGGUACACAUAGACACCAAAAGCGCCACACAGGUUUUUGAUCUGAUUCGGAAGAAGAUGAACCACACAGACGCAUAUCCUCAUUUUAUGUCUGUGCUGCAUCACUGUCUGCUCAUGCCACACAAGAGAAGUGGAAACACGGUACAGUACUGGCUGCUGUUGGACCGUAUCGUCCAGCAGAUGGUCCUGCAGAACGACAAAGGUCACGACCCAGAUGUCGCACCGCUGGAGAACUUUAACGUGAAGAACGUUGUCAGGAUGCUGGUCAACGAAAACGAGGUCAAACAGUGGAAAGAGCAGGCAGAGAAAAUGAGGAAAGAGCACCAUGAGCUGCAGCAAAAGUUUGAGAAGAAGGAGCGAGAAUGUGAUGCCAAGACACAGGAGAAGGAGGACAUGAUGCAGACCCUCAACAAGAUGAAAGAGAAGCUGGAAAAGGAAACGAACGAGCACAGAAACGUCAAACAGCAAGUGGCCGACCUCACUGCUCAGCUGCACGAACUCAGCACUAGACAGGUUGCAGCUGUCGUUCCUGGAGGUCCCCCUUACACCCGCGGCCCCCCAGGUGGACCUGUCCCUCCUUCACCUGUGCCAGCGUUUGCAGGUGUGGGCCCUCCUCCCCCACCUGGUGGCAUGAUGCCUCCUCCACCCCCUCCGCCCCCUCCACCAGGCGGGCCCCCACCUCCUCCUGGACGCCCACCUGUCGGCGGCAUCCCUCCACCACCAGGGGCGCCGCUGGGGCCGUCUCUCAAGAAGAAGAGCAUUCCCCAGCCGUCCAAUGCACUCAAGUCCUUCAACUGGUCCAAGUUAGCUGAGAAUAAGCUGGAGGGCACCGUUUGGAUGGAUGUGGACGAUGCGAGGGUUUUUAAAAUUCUGGAUCUGGAGGACAUUGAAAAGACCUUCUCAGCCUAUCAGAGACAGCAGGACUUCUUAACGAUCAGUAACAGCAAACAGAAAGAGGCAGAAGACGACACGUUGAGCUCCAAGAAAGUCAAGGAGCUGUCGGUCAUCGAUGGCCGCAGGGCUCAGAACUGCAACAUCCUCCUUUCACGGCUGAAGCUGUCCAAUGAGGAGAUCAAGCGAGCCAUUCUAACUAUGGACGAACAGGAGGACCUUCCUAAAGACAUGCUGGAACAGCUGCUGAAGUUUGUUCCAGAGAAGAGCGACGUGGACCUCCUGGAGGAGCACAAACACGAGCUGGAUCGGAUGGCCAAACCCGAUCGGUUCCUUUACGAGAUGAGCAGAAUAAACCACUACCAGCAGAGGCUACAGUCUCUAUACUUUAAAAAGAAGUUUGCAGAGAGGAUAGCGGAGAUCAAGCCUAAAGUUGAAGCUCUGACCAAAGCGUCUAAGGAGGUGUUGCACAGCAAAAACUUGAAGCAGCUGUUGGAGGUGGUGUUGGCGUUUGGAAACUACAUGAACAAGGGUCAUAGGGGCAACGCGUACGGCUUCAAGGUGUCCUCACUUAACAAGAUCGCUGAUACCAAAUCCAGUAUCGACAAAAACAUCACCUUGCUGCACUACCUGAUCACCAUCCUGGAGAAGAAAUAUGCCAAAGUUCUGAUGUUCCAGAACGACCUGCAGAGCGUCCCGGAGGCAGCUAAAGUCAACAUGACAGAGUUGGAAAAGGAUAUUGGCAACUUGCGCAGUGGCCUAAAAAGUGUUGAGAGUGAGCUGGAAUACCAGAUAAAACGACCACAAGAGGUGGGUGACAAGUUCGUGUCUGUGGUGAGCCAGUUCAUCACCGUGGCCAGCUUCAGCUUCUCCGAUGUGGAAGACUCUCUAACUGAAGCCAAAGAGCUGUUCCUGAGGGCGGUGAAGCACUUUGGGGAGGAUGCCAGUAAGAUGCAGCCAGAUGAGUUCUUCGGUAUCUUUGACCAGUUCCUGCAGGCGUUCACCGAGGCUCAGCAGGAGAACGAGAACAUUAGGAAACGCAAGGAAGAGGAGGAGAGGAGGGCGAAGAUGGAAGCUCAGCUGAAAGAACAGAGGGAGAAGGAGCGAAAGGCCCGGAAAGCAAAAGCAAACGGAGAGGACGACGGGGGGGAGUUUGAUGACCUGGUGUCCGCUCUGCGAUCGGGAGAGGUCUUCGACAAGGACUUGUCCAAGAUGAAACGGAACCGCAAGCGGAUCAACAGCCAGAACAAUGACUCGAGCAGGGAGCGACCGCUAAUGAAGCUCAACUUCUAGGCGCCGUCCAUCCCUUUAUUCCCUCUGCAUCACUGGUUUGCCUCUGGAGCAGACUGACCUGCACAUUCCUCGUGUCCUCUACCACCCAGCUCGGCUUGAACAAACCAUGACCUCACUGCAGAGCCACACACAACGCUACACGUCCUCUUAGCUUCUAGUAGGAGAGGGAGCAGGAGCCAAAUGUUGAUCUGGUUUGACCAAAUCAGAUGAAGCUGCCAUGCUGGAAGAAGAGCUCCCCUCCAGGCGCGGGAGAUGCUCACUAUCAUUCAGACCGGCCUCUGUGCCGUUUUUCUACGUCAGAAUCUAUGCACAAACUAAAACGUGCAGCUUUUAGAGCCGGAUGCUCGGGGCGAUGAGGACCAUUGAUUAAACCGAGGGGCCAUUUUUGUACUGGUUUAUAGAGUGAGAGGGGCCACAGUAAGGUCCAUGAGGGGCUCCCUUCUGCAGUCAGAUGCAGAGAUGUUUGAUUUGGUUUUGACUGCAAGAAACAGAAAGGUAGUUUUUUUCUAUUCCUUACUGACAAGCAGCAUUUAUUAUAGAUAAAUAUAUAUAUAUAUAUAUAUAUAUAUAUAUAUAUAUAUAUAUAU